GGGCCGGAGGCCGCAGGCCCUCAGUCCAGCGGGUUUGGAGGCGUCUGAGCCGUGCGCCCCUGUGGCGCGUCGGAGCGGGGGUUGGGAGUCGUUUGGGGCUCGAGCGUUUUCUGCUUUCUGGGCCACUGGUUGAGUUCGUUGCGGGCCUGAGAGCGGCCACGCGCUGUGGCCUGCACGGGCUCCUCCUCGCCUUCCUGAGCACGCUGGGCUUUGGUGUCCCUACUUGCUUCCAUUAUUGAUAGUUACUGUGGAAAACUAUUGCCACCAUCAAGAUCCUCUACACCACAGGACUGCAACCUGACUGCAUAAGGAUUAAAGAGAAUUUCCAAUGCUCUAAACAAGUCCUGAGUAUGAGGGAUAAAACUGUGAACAAGAAAAACAAGUCUUUUUUGUUGAAACUCACAUACCUAGAAUGGAAGACAAAGAAUAAACAAGUAAUUACUAAUGUGGACUUGAGAUGACCAUUGAAUUUGGCAAGACAGAGGUUGUGUGGUUGUGCCAGUUAAUCCAGUUAUCCAGGAAACAGAUGCCAAGAUAGAGAAGUAUUGACUUUAGAGCCAGUUUAAGACGACACACUGAGGAGGAAAGAGAAUGCCUAAGGCAUCCCUGGGGUGAUGGAGUUCCAGCCAAGGUAGACUGUGCCCCAAAUAGCAGUGAAGAAGAAAUAAAAGACAACCAGGCUGAAGAUUUUCUGGACGGGACUUUACAUUAAAGAAGGCAUUUUAUAUUGGGCAAUUCUGGAGUCUGGGAGUCCAAAAUCAAGGUGCCAGCAGGAUUGGUUUUGGGUGUUGUCAUCUGUAACAAAGAUCGUUGUGAAGCUGAAGAUGGAAUAAAGUCUUGUAACACUGGAUCUGGAUUAAGAGAUUUAGAAAAGAAAAUUAAAAUUAGUCAUUUAGGUUUUUAGCCUUCCAAUUUCAUAAUAUUUAUUCAUCUAAAUAGAUUUAAGGAGUAGAUAUUACAUUUCAGUCUUAUACCAAAGGAUGCACUAAUAUUUGUUCUAGCAUUCUUUUCCUUUUUGUAUGAGAAAAGAAAGUAGAUAGCCAGCAGCUAUAGUGAUUCAUAAUGAAGUAUACUAAGAAGAAUUUUAUAUUGUCAGCUAUUGGUUUUAUAAUCUAUACAAUUGAUUUAAUUGUGGAUAUCUGGGUUUCUGUCAAGUUUUUCCAAGAAGAACAAAAUGUUUUUGGUGCUUUAACAAUAAGUUUUAUGCUCUUUGGAACACUUGCUGUCCAGUGUUUUAGUUAUUCUUGGUUUAAGGCUGAUUUAAAGAAAUCUGGUCAAGAAAGUCAGUGUAGUUUACUCCUACUUCAUUGCUUGCAAGGAGGAAUUUUUACAAGGUAUUGGUUUGCCUUGAAAAAGGGUUAUCGCGUGGCUUUCAAAGAUAGCAGCAAAGAUAAUACAUUCACAGAUGAACACAAUGAAGUUAUAGAUAGAGUGACUGAUUUGAGCUCGCUCAGGCUGUUUGAGACCUACUUGGAAGGCUGCCCGCAACUUGUUCUUCAGCUUUACAUCUUUCUGGAACAUGGUGAAAUAUAUUUCCGUCAAUAUGCAGCCAUCCUGAUUUCUUGCCUUGCUAUUUCUUUGUCAACUCUUGAUUUUCAAAUAGCUUUGAGAAAAUCCUUGCCUGAUAAAAGUCGCCUCAGUGCAUGCUAUUCCAUAUUCUCAUAUCUCUUUUACAAGUUGUUUACAUUAUCAUCUUGGAUGCUGAGUAUUGUUUUUCUUUUAUUCUUAAAUGUUAAAAUUGCUUUAUCUCUGUUGUUUUUUCUUUGGUUGUUAGGUAUACUGUGGGCAUGUAAAAUACAAACUAAGUUUUGUGCUUCCAAAAGUAUGGAAUGCUUGUACAGAAUUGUUGCUGGAUUCAUUCUUAUCUUUACAUUUUUUAAUAUUAAGGGACAAAAUACCAAAUGUCCAAUGUCUUGUUAUUAUAUUGUAAGGGUGCUAGCCACAGUGGGGAUCUUGAUUGUGUUCUGGUUUUUCCCACUCUCUAUUUUUAAUUCAGAUUAUUUUAUAGCUAUCAGUAUAACUAUAGUUCUUAGUCUUCUCUUUGGAAUCAUUUUUCUUAUUGUUUAUUAUGGAGCUUUGCACCCAAACAGGGAAGAAAAAAAUUUUGAUGAAGUUGAUGGAAACCCAGUACAAAAAACUGUAGAGUGAAAUUUUUCCUAAUGGAAUAAGCUAUUGAUUUAUGAGAUUUUUUUAUUUUUGUUUAAUAUUUAAUAAAGAAAA